CUCGUCACGUAACACGUGACACUUGACGCGCCAUAUAUCAGUGCCACCUGGAGCCUGGAGGUCGAAGUCGAUUCAAAGUCGUACGCAUCGAGAUCACGGUCUUGUAUACAAGACCGGCUCUUUCUGUCGCCACGAUAAUUGCGUAUUGUACGAAAAAUUUUUUAAUUAUAUGUCCGGAUAAAACAGCAGAGAGAAGAUGAUUGCCGCCUCAAAACUGACAUAUAUGCCAGCUGGUCGACAGAUAAUCUUCAGACAUCCUGGAUCAUUAAAUAGUCAACAGUCAUCUAGUAAUGAAAUAAUUAACAAAAAAAAUAUUCUAAACAGAUUUGAUGAAGUAGUAAAUAUAUCGGAAAAGAUCCCUAAAGAGACAUGGUUGGUACGCAAUAAUGAAUCUGGUGUAGAAGAAGAGUUAUAUUACUCUGGUAAAGUUGCUGUUUACCAUAAGGGCAGUCCAAAUAUUCGAGUACUUAAAGCAACUUAUACAUUUGAAACAGAUAUUCAGCAUGCGCUUUGGUGUACAUUUCACAUGAAUAUCCCGAAUUAUUUAACUAAGGAUAAAAAAUACGAGAAUAAGGACUCCAUUUGCAAAUCUAUAAAGUGUAUCUGUGUGCUUGAUUCGUAUACCCUUAGUGCUUUUACAGAAAGCGGUGAAAAUUAUGUUUCUGCUUUACAAUUUCAGGUGUCUGCUGUAUGGCCGAUGAAAUAUGGAAUUAUACUCGAGAGAUGCCCAAAGUCAGUUACAGAUUCAAGGCGAUUAUUUGAAAGCAGCAGAUUACCGCAAACUCGAAACAAUAAUUUACCUGUAGCUUUUUCAUUAAAGCAUCCAUUAGAUGAGAUAUGCCCUCUUCUUAUUAAACAUGAAUCUGUAUCGUACAUGAAUGAAUCAACUCAGCAAAUUAUAUUCACUAGUUUGGAACCGUCCCUUGCAGUCAUAUACGAUUCAAAAUCCUGCUUGCAUUCAGUUUACAAGAUUCGCAAAGUGUUAGCUGAGGAAUGUGAAACAGUUGACAGAAGUAACGAUACGAGUUUAUUAAAUCAUUCAAUUAAUAUGUCAUCCUUAAAUGUCGACAACAAUUUAUCUAUCAAUAAAAGCCGCACCAAGAAGGAACUUCUAAGUUCCUUUCAUGACAUUUCAAAUUUCCAUAUGAGUACUUCUGACAGACCAUCGACUUCUCAACAGUGGUCACAAUACUCGAUGGAUAGGACUCCUCAUCAAACACUCGCGCAUGCGGCAAGUCGGUUUUCUGAUGAUCAUCCGAUUAAUGAUUGUUUCUAUCAUAACAUAUUAUCUACAAUUAUUAUGAAAACUACGAAUCAAACGCACAAUUCAUUUGUUAACCGCGAUAUCCAAUUAAAAAAUACUGCGAGCAGACCUUUAUAUCCUGAGAUUUGUUUUGAAUAUAUAUGGACAGAAAACGUCAGUGUAACAAAAGAUAUUGUUUAUCGUCGUGCAUCAAAAGUUUUCUUAACAUCGGAUUUUGUUGGACAAAAUUAUUUGGGUUAUUUAAUUCCAAAUCGUUCGCAACUGUAUUUAGUGACAUUAGAAAAGACUAAUGAACCAGAACAAAUCAUUUUCGGAACAAUAACAAGAAUCGCAGCUAAGGAUGCUGUCAAUUUAUCAAAUUUGCACAUGAUAGCAAUUAUAGAUUUGUCAAAUAAUAUAACGUUAUACACAGGAGUUAUGUGUGUGGGCAAAUUACAUGUACCUGAUGUAUUAUCAUUGAAUCUUAUGAGCGGUAGUUUCUUUGUGUCAAGUAGUAAUUCUAAACUUCCAUCUUUACAUAAAAUUGAAUUUGAAGAGAGUAUACGUUUAUUAACAAAUUUCGUAGGUGAUGGUUGUGCUCGUCCGCCGAUACCCACAGAAAGUUCAUUAUUGGAUACGAAUUUUCUCGCAUUGAAAGACGCUAUUGAUAAUGAGAUUAUUGUGGAAUGCGAAAAACAACAAUACUUUCGUAUAAGAUUACCUGUAUGUAACACAUCUUUUUUAGUUACUAAAUGCUUGCAUACAUUACGAAGCGUAUUAGAAAAAGAUUUAGCAAUGCAAUUAUUGAUUAAAUGGUACGGUGCUAGAAAUGCCCCUGGUCCACAAGAUCUUUCACCGGAGCAAGAAUGGAAUCUCUUUCUCACGAUUCUGUUUCCAUCGUUGGGAUACAAUGUGGAAAAACUAAGUUUAAUACAAAUAAACGACGAAAAAGAUCAAUUUACAGAACAUGUUAGCAAAAAACAAAAAAACGAUAAUUGCAUAUCUACGGAUGAUUGGCUGCAUAUAUUGAAAUUGGAUGAACACAAAAAUGCGCAAGCUUAUAUUACAAACGUACUGAAAUGUCAAAAGGCAUACAACUUUCCUUGCACAACUCCCGAAAGUAAUAGUGCUACAAGAUCGAGAUAUAGCAUCGGCAAAAUAAAUGUAGACGCCGUUCUAUAUCCGCAUCUUCCGCUCGUUUUAUUUUCUCUUCAUCUCUUAUACGAGGAAUUGAAAUUAAACAGCCUUAGAUUGGGAAGUUUGUCAUUGCUCGGACAGUUAUUGUAUCAAUUAAGCUUAGAUUUGAAGUUCGAAAUGUACGCUCAUCAUUAUUUUCUCGACUCUCCGUCCUUACUUUAUUCAAAAACUAUAAAGAGAGAGCAGAUCAGCCACUCGGAUCUGCAGAAAAUAACAAUUCCAAAUUAUAUGCCUCGAAAACCGCCGAACGUAUUCAAAACGUUAAAUAGCAUCAUACUAAAUGAAGUAGAAAUAACUGCAUUUCCAUAUUUACGUCGCGUGAAUCCAAGAACGAGAAAUUUAAUAUAUUUAAUAGCACUCGAGUCGAAUGAAAAUCGCAUUGAUGUUGUAGAAGUGGAAAAGUAUAUCGAAUUGAUUAUACCUGAUGGAAAUGGCAUCAAUGUUCAAGAAAGUGAUGACAGGUUUGACAAAGAAAUAUCGAUAAAAUCAGAGAGGUCUACAACAGAUAGAAUCAUAUUAUUGUAUCACGAGAUGGGUAUGACGAAGGAUGAUCUCGAGAUUUUGCCACCUGCGAUAUCCCUGAUAAUCAGAGAUGUUAUAUCUAAAUGUAAAGAAUGUCCACCAUUAAAUUGGCCCAUGUAUGCGUACGAGUUCAUAGAGCGUCAAGAUUUAGUCGCAUUAAAUAAGCUUUUACAACCAUCGUCGAAAUUACAAUGUAAAACGUUCAUUGAUAAAACAAAAGAUUCUGAGAAGGUUAAACAAGGGGACGGCAUGGAAUUUGAUUAUACGAUAUUAAAAUUACGAUUUAGAAAGGAUCAAAGAGUUGCUGAAGUGCGAAGAUUACUCAAUUCUUCAAUACAAGGAACAAUCACGCUAGUACAAUAUCAGAAUGAAAGCAAUAAUGAUUUUUUACACAGGCUGAGGAUGAAUCUGUACAUAUAUAAAUUAUCAAGAACGAUGGCACUUCCUGUAGGCAGAGGCAUGUUUACACUGAGAACUUCCACAUCGCUAAUAACAGAAAAAGUACCACCAUUGUGUUUAACAGCCAAAGCAUCUCCCGGUGGGGAAAUCGUUAGUAUAGACACUGACUUAUUCCAUUGGCCAUUAUUUCAUAACGGUGUAGCCGCAGGCUUAUGUAUUCACCCGGAUGCCGCGAACAUCGAUUCGUCUUAUAUAGUAUCUAAUAUUUCUGAGUCCUGGGAAGAAAGAGCGGGAUUUUUAAUGGCUCUUGGUUUAAAUGGACACCUUAAACAUUUAGAUCCGUUAAAUAUGUGCGACUAUUUUGGUAGAUGUCAUGAUUUUGUCAACCUUGGACUGAUACUGGGUUUGUCAGCGACUCAUCGUGGUACGAUGAGCUUAGCUAUGACUAAGUUAUUAACAUCACAUAUCAAAAUGCUCUUGCCUCCGAAGAAUAAUUUGCAUAUUGACCAGAAUACUCAAAUAGCGGCAUUGAUGGGCAUAGGUCUUGUUUAUCAAGGAACCGUUUGCGAAAAUAUUUCAACUGCUUUAUUAAUUCAAAUUGCUAUAUUUCCAAAACCUAGAAAGAUGUGGGACAAUCAUGAAUCAUAUUCCUUGACAGCAGGACUGGCAUUAGGCUUGGUCACACUUGGUUCUAAUGGAACAAAUAUACCUACAUAUGUGCUAGACUUUUUGCACUAUUACAUGGUCGGUGGAAAGGAAUCUUUUUUCGAAGAACUAAAAAAUAAAUACAAAUUCUGCAGCUUUACAUUGCCGAAAGAUGAGUCGAUAAAUAUCAAUAUAACAAGUCCGGCAGCAACAAUAGCCUUAGGAUUAAUGUAUUUUGAUACUGGAAAUCGUACGAUAGCCGAAUGGAUGAAAGUACCUGAAGAGAUCUAUUUAUUAGAAUCUAUAAGACCGGAUUUUCUGCUGCUACGAGUAUUGGCCAAGUCGCUAAUUUUAUGGAAGGACAUCGAGCCAACGAAAUCGUGGAUUUCCAGUCAUGUACCUGAUAUCGUUAAUAAAUUUAAAUUACAAGAACUUACGCCGGAAAGUGUAGCACUGAAUAUUGAUUUAGAAACUAUCAAUCUGGCUUACUUAAAUAUUAUAGCUGGUGCUUGCAUGGCGUUGGGAUUAAGAUACGCAGGCACUGCUAAUAAAAAUGCUUUCAAGAUUUUAUACUUUCAUACUCGAACGUUUAUGCACUUGACGAAUAAAAUCCGUCAAUACAAAUCAAUUUUGAAAGCAACAAUUGCAACGUGUCUGAACAUUAUUCUUUUAUCAUUCACAGUGGUAAUGGCUGGUACUGGUAACUUAUAUAUUAUGAGAAUAUGCAGACAGUUACAUAAGACUCACGCACGCGGAAAAUUUCUCUAUCGUAUGUACGAUUCUCAAAUGGCAACACACAUGGCUCUCGGUUUUCUUUUUCUGGGAGGUGGGAAAUAUACUCUUUCUAAUAGUCCAAAUGCAGUGGCAGCUCUUAUAAUUUCGCUUUUUCCGGUAUUUCCAAGAAACGAGAGCGAAAACAAGCAACAUUUACAAGCGUUUCGUCACUUUUAUGUAUUAGCAGUUGAACCACGUGUUAUCUUACCAAGAGACAUAGAUACUGGUGAAUAUUGUUGGAUUCCGAUACAUUUAACAUUCGAGACCGAUAGAGAAACCAAAGGACAAGAAUUUAGUCUGCAAAUUGUGAAAGCACCUGAUUUAUUAUUACCACCAUUGUCUAAUUUAAAAAGAAUUGAAUUAAAAAAUAUGAGGUAUUGUCCAAUUGUACUUGAGAAGCAUCACAAUUGGCAACAGUUAAAAAAUAUGCUGGAAAGACACUUCUUAAGUAUCAAAAAAAAAGCUGGUCACUUAUCAUACUUGGAAGAUCCUUUUGCAAAUUAUAUGGAAUUAUCUGGAUCUAAAAGCUUAAUAAAUCAAACUCUAACGAUGAGAAAUGUAAUCCCAUGGGUUGUUCAAUCAAAGUACUUGGUAUCAUCUACAAGAGAUCAGACUCUACUGAAUAUAAUAACAUAUUUUUUACAAUGCUUUAAGAGAGAAAUUACUAGAAUAAACAUCGAGCAUUUAUCACAAAAUGAUGAUCAAUGGAGAAAACCGUCAGAAUUCGAACGAUCAUUUCUUCAAGAAUGUACGAGAAUUAUAUACAAAUGCGUUAUGAAAGACAAAGUGAGUUUGAUACCUUUAUGGUUACAUAUAAUUAGCAUUCAGAAAAUGAUUGAGAAACAACCAAAUAGCUUUUCAACGUGGCAAAUAAAGCUUCUUUCGUCACAAAUGUCGAGAAGAAUUAAAUGGUCUAUAGAUGAUACAAAUCUGCCAUUCUUUUGUGAAAAUAUACUUGCGAUUAAACAGAAAAUGACAGAUAUUUUCAAUAAAUGGGAGUAUGACGUGAAACUUUUACUUAAACAGUAUCUUACUGAUGGAAUGAUACAGACUAAUGCUAUAUCUCUAGCUAGAAUGUGUGCUUAUUUUAUAUUCUACGAUAUACCAUAUCCAAUCGAUAAUAGAAAUUUUUUUAUGACAAUGCAACACUCCUCUGAUAUAUCGAAUAUCGGAAGAUAUAAAUUAUAUAAAAUUUUGCAGCCAACUUUACAACAUUUAUAAGUAAAAUCUGUACACUGUG